AUGAACCUGUUCUACUGCUUCCAGAAUGAGUGGGGUCCACUGAGGGGACUGAGCCUAGCUAUAAUAAGCUCAGUGGCAUCAUGCACACAACAAAAGAAAAUUGAAGAACUAGAAGCACAACUUCAGGAAGCUGAAGACAUUGUAAAAGACCUUAGGGAAGAGUUGAGAGCAAUUGAAGCAGAACCUGAGAGGUUCCCAAGAAGCAAACAAGUAAGGCAUCACGUACAAGUAGACAAUGCAUCAAUUCCUGAACCCCCUGUUACCGAAGUACAACCCAAUUCAAAAAGUCAGAGACUUUAUAAUUCUUUAUUUACAUUAAAGAAAUCUUUAAUCAGCAACGGGGAUUUACUUUCUAUAAUAUUGAGAAGCAAAGAAACCAAAUUGUAUAGAAACGGGUGUACUCAAAGAAUCCGAGCAUGCGAACGAACCCCACCAGAAAUAGGUGACACAAAGCCCGAGUCAAUUGUCAAAGAGGAUGAAGUAGUUGAUAAAUUACAUAUAACACCCUCUGUGGAGGAGAAACAAGUAGUAAAGGAGAUGGAUCUAAUGGCUGAGAAAGAUGGAAUAAUGAAACAGAAGAGCACAGAAAUGGAGGUCGAUCCACCAUUAAAGAGUUCAGAAACAAAGCUUGAUAAAGCAAGAUUAUUGAAGCUUGAGGAAGAAAGAUAUUUGAGCCAUUGGCUUGGACCAGAGAUCGAUGGUGAGACCUGUAAUUAUGUGGUUAGUAAAAACCGAAGAUCAAUUGAAGUAUUGUGGGUAUCAGCGAACACUAUUGAAGGAAUAUUUCAAUGGAGGGAUGGGAAAUUUCUUUGGCUGUCGAUUUCAACUUUCAUGGAGGGAAGGGAAAUUUUCGGCUGGACGGAAAGGGAAACAAGCCCUAAAUAUUUCGAAGAAGUUAGGCUGACCGGAAGCAAGGAUGGUAGUACCCACCAGCUCGGGUGCAACAUUGAGGAGAUGGAAAUCAAUGGAUUGGAUUUUGGAUUUACCUAG